AUGAAUACACCUGAAAUUACUCCAAUUCAUCCUGAGAUCACAACCCAUUUAUAUGACCUUUAUAAAGUUCAUUCACGAUCUCCCCUCUUAGAUUCUGAAACUAUACCUUUUAUUCCAAUACAAUGGUCUGGUCCUCCAAAUCAAGUUCCUUUCACAUUUCCUAUUCGACCAACCGAAAAACGUCCAUUCUUUUGUUUUGACUUUAUUAAAUUUGGAAAAUGUGAUAAAAAAGAUUGCAUCUUUCCUCAUCUUACAAUUGAACAAUGUGAACAAUCAGGCAUUAAAAUUGGUCAUUGUUAUGCAUUUGCUGAAACUGGAAAAUGUGAAAAUCGUAAUAAUUUAAAGAAGAAAAAAAGGCGAAAAUCCAAAAAUUUACAAGAAACCGAUAUAACUAAUGUACAAUUUUUGGAUGAUAAAAAUGUGGUUGAAAAUUUGGGGACAAGUUCAGCACCUGAUUUUGAUUCUUUAUUAAAAGAAUUCAAUUCUUAA